AUGUAUGUGAAAUGGUUUGAUGCAGUAAUGUUUUACUAUGUGAUUUUAGUGAAUAUAGUGAAUGUCAUUUUCAAAUUUCCCGCCGUUCCGUCCCUGUACGUCCUGACGCUCGCAGGAGACGGAACCCAGAUGACAGAUGCCGGCAUCCACUUGAGGACAUUACAGGGGACACUGCAGGAGGGACAUCGCAGGAGCGCAGGACAAGGUAAGUGAUCGAGGGAUCUCGGAGUAGCGCCGCAUGGUAAGCCCGAGUGUAGCUCGGGUUACCGCUUUUGCUACACUCGGGAAUACCGCUAGGGGGGGU